UGGCAAAGUACAUAAUAUAACUAUAUUUUUUCAAUAUUAUAAAACUAUGGUUGAAAUACCAGAGCAAAAAAUACAGGAAAAACAGGAGAAACAUGCACCAUUUAUUAAGAAAUAUAAGCCAAUAACACCAGGAAGACGUGGACUUUGUCGUCCUUUAAAUGAACAUCUCUGGAAGGGACGUCCAAUACGUUUUUUAACUAUUGCAAAACGUCAAACAGGUGGACGUAAUGAUCAAGGAAGAAUUACUACAAGACAUCAAGGAGGAGGACAUAAACAACGUAUACGUAUUAUAGAUUUUAUACGUAAAACACCAGGACCACAUGUGGUCCUACGUAUUGAAUAUGAUCCGGGACGUAGUGGACAUAUUGCGUUAAUCAAGGAUUUAAAAACAGAAAAGCUUUCAUAUAUAUUAGCAGCAGAUGGACUUAGAGCAGGACAUAUUGUAGAAAGUUAUAGAAUGGGAUUUGGAUCAUAUGAAGAAGAACAAGAAAAAAUAGAUUCAGGAGCUUUUGUAGCAAAAGCGAUUCAACCAGGAAAUUGUCUUCCUUUAUCAAUGAUUCCUGUAGGAACGAUUGUCUUUGCAUUAGCGACGAAUAUUCAUGGACCAGCUAAAUUUUGUAGAAGUGCAGGAACAUAUGCACAAAUACUUUCUACAGGAAAUGAAGGAUAUGCCACUGUUAAAUUACAAAGUGGGGAAUUAAGAAAAAUAUCUGUUCAUGGGGCAGCUACUAUUGGCAUUAUGAGUAACGUUAAUUGGAAACAUCGAAAAUUGGGAAAAGCAGGACGAUCUCGUUGGUUAGGUAUUAGACCAACUGUUCGUGGUAUGGCAAUGAAUCCACGUGAUCAUCCUCAUGGUGGUGGACGUGGUAAAAGUAAAGGUAACCGACAUCCAUGUAGUCCAUGGGGAAAACUAGCAAAAGGCAAAAAGACUCGAAAAAAGUUAAAUCCAUUAGUAAUUAAAGGACGUCCUAGACGAUAAUCAUGAUUAAAACAAUCUUAAUCGAUUAUCAUACAUAAAUAAAGGC